AUGCCAGUUAGAUCCACUCGCGUCACAAAAAAACAAGCUGCACUUUCGUCGCAGUCUAAUCCUCGUGGUGAGACUAGCACGGCAGAAUGUUCACAAACAUUUGAAACAAACUACAACGAAUUAUCAGCAGCAGAAUUGAUCAGCGCUAUCGCUGAACGAAACAAGGACCCGGUUAUAAGUAAGAUGCUAGCAGCACUUUCUGAAAAAGUUAGGAUGGAUUUCGCCGAACAGUUUGAAGCGGACAAGCGCUCGCGAAGCGUAGUAAUCAGUGGACUCCCUGACUCGGGGUCUUCAGAGAGACUGGACAACCUGGAGGAAAAAGUCAACGAUAUUUUGCUUGCUUUAAAUGUGAGCUGUCGUCCAGUUGAUCUAUACCGGAUGGGUAAACCUAAUGCUUCACAUCCACGCCUAGUAAAAGUCGUUUUUCCCUCUCAGUUCUACUGGCGUCGAGCGCUUGCUAAUGCGCGCCUUCUUCGCGGUGCAGGUUUUCCCAAUGUUUAUAUCCGCAGAAGUAUGACACCUGAUGAAAGGAAACGAGAGUAUGAACUGAGACAAGAAGCACGCGAGCGUAACAGAGGAAAAAGUCAGCGGGAGUGGGUGGUUUACCGUGGCGAACUAAGGCACAUCUCGGACAUUAAGCGAAACACAUCGGGAAACGCGUAA